AUGAACUCAGUGUGGCGACGGACGACGAUUGCGAUUUUUAGAAAUAGUUUAGUAAAACUUGACAUAAGAGCGAAGCCUUUACACAGUGCAUUGUAUAACUUGAACAUUCAAAAUGCUAAAAAACCGAUGGCCCUUUGUCCUGUAAAUAUUUCUUAUAUUACUUUUAGAAAUAAAUCGAAAAAGCAGAAAGAUUUAGACUCUGAUGAUGAACAAGAUGUGUAUGAAGAUGAUGCUUCACUAUCAAGGGAUUCAAAGGUUUUAAAAUUUAACACAACUUCACUGAGGACAGAUGUCAUUUUGAAAUCAGCUCUAGGAGUUUCUAGAAACAAAAUUGAGCAAGUAUUUUAUGAAAGUAAAAUCAGAGUAAAUGGAAAGAAAAUAAUGAAGAAAAGUAGUCCUAUAAAAUUAGGAAGCGAAAUAGAUGUUAUCAAAAGUAUUAGCCCUCAUAAUCCAGAUCACUUGUAUGUGUCUCGUGUUGAAGUUCUGAAUAUAGUUGCCAAAGAAGAAAAUAUAGCAAUAACAGUGAGAAGAUUUAAAAAUUUGUUAAUAGAGAAUUAUGAAGUUGACCCCUACAAAGCUUCAUCAAAUGAAGACAGUAAUGAAUAG